UGGUUCCACAUCGUCUACCCAGUUUCAAGAUGGCAGCCAUGAGGCUAUGAAGAAGCGACAAAUGUUUAUGGAAUAAAUAAUGAAAACAGAUACUAGGUAGCAGCUGUUAGACACAUACGAUUGUGAUAUGACUGGUAUCAUUAUUGCAAGUGUGUUGUUUCUAGAGUGAAAUUUACAAGGAAAAAUACGUUGCAUACCGGUAUGCUCAUUUGCUAAGCUAGCGUUAGCUAGCCAAAUAAAUGAAUUCUGGGGACGGCCACAUCUGAUUCGCCAGCUGUCAGCUAAGCAAACAUAUUGAUCUGUGCGGUGAGUGUCUAUUUUAUCUAUGAAGACAAAACUGUGGCUACCUGUCUAUAUCCGUUUCAGUUAAAAUAAUCUAGCUACCUAGACUUGAUUAGAAUGCCGCGUUCAAAACAACUGGGAAUUCUGAAACCUCCGACUUAAGUGCGUUCAAAACAAUUCGGAACUCAGGAAAAAAACGAUCUUCGAUGGGAAAAAUCGAUUUGAACGAUCUUCCAACUCGGACCUCUUUCUAGACUUUCCGACCUGAAAAUUACUGACCUCAUGAUAUUUUAAUGAGUUCUCAGUUGUUUUGGAUGGGUCAUUAGAUUAUGCAGCAAUAGAGCCCACAGUGGUGGUGUCAUAAUACCCAUAAAACCUAGCAGUCAAACAGGGAAAUGGUUCCAAUCGUUUUUCAACCAUUCAUUUUUCCCAUAGGGGAUUUUAGAAACACUUAAAAUAAGGGCGGUGUUUCGUGUAGGCUUACCCUGGCGUGACGUUUUGAUAACCAUUGAUAUCUCUCUCGGACAAGGUGACUUAUCAAUACGUUCGACUAUUUACUCUCAGAUUCGAAAAUGCUAAAUAGCAUCAAAGUAGACGUCAUGCAAAACUACAAAUCCCUGCAAGCUCCUGCACGUCAUUUCUAGCUGACACUUUUGCUAACAGGCAUUGUCAAUUUUAAACUUGCACAAGACAGUUCACAGAAUUGCCCAUUUAAAGAAAUGUAGCCAAUUUAUUUAUUACUACAUUUAGAUAACAUUACAUAGUCAAUCCAGAGAUGCUUACCUUUGUCUCGAUUCGGCAGUCUCGUCCAGAUCAUCAUGGCAUUUGUAGUUCUUUAUGAUAGCCUAAUUAGCGUUUCAUUUUUGAGGGGUAAAUCUAGGCGGAUAUAUUGAUAAGUCACCUUGUCCUAGAGAGAUUUACACGGUAACCAAAAUUUCACGACAGGGUAAGCCUAUGAAACACAGCCCUUAUUUUAAGUGUUUCUAAAAUCCCCUAUGGGAAAAACAAUUGGAACCAUUUCCCUGUUUGACCGCUAGGUUUUAUGCGUAUUAUGACUCGCACUGUGGUACUCUUUAACUUGCCAGGAGGAAGAAGUAACCAGGAAGAUCAGGAUACAGAGACCAUGGAGCAUGUAUUGCUACAGUGUGGGCAGUAUCAGAGGGAAAGAGAGAGGAUGAGAUCUAGUAUGAGGGAGAAGGGGUUACAGGAAAUUAGUUUAAAGAGUAUAUUGAGUAGAACUUCAUUAGAUAUAGUCUGAAAUAUUUUGUUAUCUUUUUUAAGAGCAACGGGGCUGGCAGGUUGUGGUCCUCUGUAGCUCAGCUGGUAGAGCACGGCGCUUGUAACGCCAAGGUAGUGGGUUCGAUCCCCGGGACCACCCAUACACAAAAAUGUAUGCACGCAUGACUGUAAGUCGCUUUGGAUAAAAGCGUCUGCUAAAUGGCAUAUUAUAUUAUAUUAUAUUAUAUUAUAUUAUUAUAGGUAGGAUUUAGUUUCUCCCUGUCUCUGGCCCACACUCCAGUACAGUAGGUGGCGGUAAUGCACCAUAACGUUGGAUGCCAACCGACGAUAAACCCCACUGAAGAAGAAGUAACCAGGAAGAAAUAGCUAGCUAGCUUUCUAGCUAUGCUAAUGACAAAAGCUAUAACAGCUAGCAAGCUUACUCGUUAUUAGGAUGUUGAUGACAGUUUUGCUAGAAAAUUCUCAUUAUAAAUCCAAUGGAUUUGCUAACAAUGGUAUGUCCUCAUUUUAGCUCAACUUCACCAUGGCCAUCUCUCAGUUUCGCCUUUUUAAGAUUUGCACAUGGCUUGCAACCUUCCUUUCAUUCUUCAAAAGGUUGAUAUGCAGGUAAGGAACACCCAUUAUGGUGAAUUGAAAGAAGCAAAACUGAUCUAGAACCCUUUGCCGUGUCAGACUAUGUCUGCAUAGAUUUGGUAAAAUCUGAAAGCCACAGUCUGUAAGAUUUCCAGUCAUUUUACUUCAUGUUGAAAGGAAUGUUAACCUCAUGGAACGUCAUUCAUUGAGCACAACCAAAUACAUUAGCAUAGAAAUCAAAUGCUAUUUGCAUGUGAAAAUUGCAUCCCAUGGAAUGCCUUUGCUCUAAAAUUUAUGUUUUUGUGGUGGCCGACAGUUUGAUGGUAAGCACAUUUCCUGUUUUGACAUAGAUCUGGGAGGUUGCGUAAGCUAAGCGGCGAUCAGAUAUCUCUUCCAACGACGGUUGAUUUUUCAUCAUUGCCCAAACAGGUCAGUGAUAUACAAGUUUAUAAGAUACAGCCCAUUAUUGAUAACAUGAGGCAAGUGCUUAGCCGAUUCGCUUUACAUCCAUAACAAACCUGCUUUCCCCCUAUUGUCAUUAAUGACAUCAUCAAGCAUUUAUUGUGCAACCAACAGCCAAUGUUUACAUUGUGGCACACUUAAAUCCUUUCUCUUUAUUUUCAUCAUAUUAUUUUUGUCUCAUUCUUUUUACAAGAAACUUAAUUUACACCUUGUCACUUUGACCAAACCCUGUGCAGCCAGAGAUUGAAGAAUGGAGCUCGUGGGAUGAAGACGGUCCCACAAGUAUCAAGAUCGAGGGCGGUAACGGCAACAUGCCACCUCAGCCUGGCGAGGAAGAGGAACCAGACUACUUCAAAGACAUGGCUCCCACCAUCAGAAAAACACAGAAAGUAGGCUGGGUCUUCAUAAGCUGAAAUCUGUAUAAAGUGCCACUGUUCGCCCCAACGUCUUUGUUGUUGUGUUUGUUUUGUUGAGUUGAUGAAACUCAGGAGAGGAGUGUCAGGCAGCAUGAUUUAAAAAAUCGCAGUACAUAUUCUGGUGUUGUAUGCGCAUGCAAUGAUGUCCGAGCGGAAAAAUGUGUUUGUUGUUUGAUGUAACUUCUUUGUUGUAAUAUCCCAAAUGGACGAGGCAUUUUCACUAAGUACGGAUUCCAGCUUUAAGUGCAUUUCUCAACACUAAUUGAAGGUAGACUCAGCAAUAUAUGUUUACCACAAGGGAGGAUCAGGGUAACUCCUAACACAAACAAAAAUUGUCUAAAGGGCGAGGCUGCACUGUUCAACAUUUGUUGUCACGCAGCUAUCACAUGGCAUGAGAGAGCGAAGCAAACUCCCGUGCACAUGCGCUGAUGCUUAACAGUAUCUGUAUUGGUGAUGACGAGUGCAGCCUCUUGCCUCACACUCUGUCGACAAUAUCGCUGGCCACACUGCUGCUUGUAGUCACGCUAUAUCAUAUUGUUGAGUCUUUAGUAGUUUUAACUUGUCUCCUCUCUCUCUGUCCCCACCCCAGAUUGUGCUGAAGAAGAGGGAGCCACUCAACUACUUGGUACCCGACGGCAGUGCAGGCUUCUCCAGCAGACUGGCAGCCACUCAAGACACCUCCUUCAUCCAACCAUCUGUGAGUUACAGUGUAGCGCCGUCUAAAGUACAGUGCCUAUAGAAAGUUUACACCCCCUUUAACUAUUUUUUCACAUUUUGCCGCCAUAAAAUUAAAUCUAAAAAUAGAUUAAUUAUAAUGUCUCUUGUGACAGACUGUUAAUAUAAAUGGUAUCAUCUGUUGGCCUCUGCUGAAUUUUAAAUGGGGGGAGGUGAUCUCCUUGUACGGUGGAUUAGCUUCACUAAUUAUUUUGACCAAUACUGAUUUUGCAGAGGUGUUAUUUGAAGUUAGGGUGGGGAUUUUAACUUGGAUGUUCUAAUGCACACUGCUAACCUCUGAAAUUGUUGUAUCAAAUGUUGUACAGCCUGGAUUGUAAACAUAGCUGGACUUUUGAAAGGGGACGUGCUGGGGAGGGACUUUCGCAGAGGCUUUGAGAGGGGUGGUACUGCUCCUUCCACUGUGUCCAGAUUUCAAACCUCAGCCACCAAAAGCUGAGAAGCUAGCCAGCGCCGGUCAAAUUUCUUGUUUCAAGGAUUACAGACCAGCUCACCACAGCACUAGGAUGAAGUCUGGGUUUCUUUUAGUUCACCAUCUCAAAAGUAGUCUGUUUAAGUUGGACCAGUGCUGUGACAUUGUUAUAUUACCAGGAGUGCACAAGUCCUCCAGGGCCACAGUUCUCUGUAUUCAGGUUGAAUAAAGGUUUAUAACGAUGUGAAGAAUAGUUGCUAAUGGAGGUUAGGUCCCACUGCCAUCCUAUACUGUGUCAGUGACCGUGUCCUGACUGCAUUCCUGUCCUCUUCUCUGUCCCACAGUCUGAGCUUGGAGACAUGGAUACCUGGCAUGAGGACGCCAACGCCUGGGAGGAUGAGUCGUCAGAUGCUGCCUGGGAGGCCGAUUUAGUGCUCAGGUGAUAGCACUUUUAUUAUUAUUAUUAUUAUUAUUAUUAUUAUUAUUAUUAUUAUUAUUAUUAUUAUAUUGUCUAGAGCUGGGGUAUUCAAAUCUUACCCUACACGGUCCAGAGCCUGCUGGUUUUAUGUUUUACCUGAUAAUAAAUUGCACCUACAUGGUGUCCCAGGUCUAAAUCAGUCCUUGGUUGGAGGGGAAGAAUGGAGAAAAAAACAAUCAAUGGAACUGGCUUCGAUGUAGUCUGCGCAGAACUGAUUUCUUCAUCCUGCUACCACCCGCUACCGCAUAACUAGUUCCGAACGCAAUUUUAUUUUAGGCAUAUGUGACGCAGCUCACUUGCCAGCCAUGGUCCCAGCAAUUUUGUGCCCUAUAGGCAAUAUCAAAAUACGCAAAAAUAACCUAAGAAAUAGCCUAGGUGACAUUACCUGAGAUUCUCACGUGGCCCAUUAUAUUAAGCUAUCGUUAUUACUGGGCUAUAUCAGCCAAUAUGCUAGACUUAGUUUGACGAGAGCAGAGUUGGAGAGACUUGCACUUUCUCUUGAGCUAUUUUUAUAGUUGACCUUUUAGGAGUGGGAUGAUUUUCAGACUGAGACAAAUAUGGGUUAUCAAUAUUUAUUUCUAGGCAAUGUAGUAAACUAUAGCCUAAUCAUAUUCAGGUAGUACAUUUCCUAGGAAAGAUAACUGCCAGUGAUUCUCCGCACAUGCAUAGGCAGCCUACUCGAUUUCAAUGAGGCCACACAUAUACAGUGAGGGGAAAAAAGUAUUUGAUUCCCUGCUGAUUUUGUACGUUUGCCCACUGACAAAGAAAUGAUCAGUCUAUAAGUUUAAUGGUAGGUUUAUUUGAACAGUGAGAGACAGAAUAACAACAACACAAAUCCAGAAAACACAUGUCAAAUGUUAUAAAUUGAUUUGCAUUUUAAUGAGGGAAAUAAGUUUUUGACCCCCUCUCAAUCAGAAAGAUUUCUGGCUCCCUGGUGUCUUUUAUACAGGUAACGAGCUGAGAUUAGGAGCACACUCUUAAAGGGAGUGCUCCUAAUCUCAGCUUGUUACCUGUAUAAAGACACCUGUCUACAGAAGCAAUCAAUCAGAUUCCAAACUCUCCACCAUGGCCAAGACCAAAGAGCUCUCCAAGGAUGUCAGGGACAAGAUUGUAGACCUACACAAGGCUGGAAUGGGCUACAAGACCAUCGCCAAGCAGCUUGGUGAGAAGGUGACAACAGUUGGUGCGAUUAUUCGCAAAUCGAAGAAACACAAAAUAACUGUCAAUCUCCCUUGGCCUGGGGCUCCAUGCAAGAUCUCACCUCGUGGAGUUGCAAUGAUCAUGAGAACGGUGAGGAAACAGCCCAGAACUACACGGGAGGAUCUUGUCAAUGAUCUCAAGGCAGCUGGGACCAUAGUCACCAAGAAAACAAUUGGUAACACACUACGCCGUGAAGGACUGAAAUCCUACAGUGUCCGCAAGGUCCCCCUGCUCAAGAAAUCACCAUAUACAGGGCCGUUUGAAGUUUGCCAAUGAACAUCUGAAUGAUUCAGAGGAGAACUGGGUGAAAGUGUUGUGGUCAGAUGAGACCAAAAUUGAGCUCUUUGGCAUCAACUCAACUCGCCGUGUUUGGAGGAGGAGGAAUGCUGCCUAUGACCCCAAGAACACCAUCCCCACUGUCAAACAUGGAGGUGGAAACAUUAUACUUUGGGGGUGUUUUUCUGCUAAGGGGACAGGACAACUUCACCGCAUCAAAGGGACGAUGGAAGGGGCCAUGUACCGUCAAAUCUUGGGUGAGAACCUCCUUCCCUCAGCCAGGGCAUUGAAAAUGGGUCGUGGAUGGGUAUUCCAGCAUGACAAUGACCCAAAACACAUGGCCAAGGCAACAAAGGAGUGGCUCAAGAAGAAGCACAUUAAGGUCCUGGAGUGGCCUAGCCAGUCUUCCGACCUUAAUCCCAUAGAAAAUCUGUGGAGGGAGCUGAAGGUUCGAGUUGCCAAACGUCAGCCUCGAAACCUUAAUGACUUGGAGAAGAUCUGCAAAGAGUGGAACAAAAUCCCUCCUGAAAUGUGUGCAAACCUGGUGGCCAACUACAAGAAACAUCUGACCUCUGUGAUUGCCAACAAGGGUUUUGCCACCAAGUACAAAGUCAUGUUUUGCAGAGGGGUCAAAUACUUAUUUCCCUCAUUAAAAUGAAAAAUCAAUUUAUAACAUUUUUGACAUGCGUUUUUCUUGAAUUUUUUGGUUGUUAUUCUGUCUCUCACUGUUCAAAUAAACCUACCAUUAAAAUUAUAGACUGAUCAUGUCUUUGUCAGUGGGCAAACGUACAAAAUCAGCAGGGGUUCAAAUACUUUUUUCCCACACUGUACACUUCUUGACCAAAGGUAUGUGGACACCUGCUCGUCAAACAUCUCAUUCCAAACUCAUGGGCAUUAAUAUGGAGUUGGUCCCCCCUUUGCUGCUAUAACAGCCUCCACUCUUCUUGGAAGGCUUUCCCCUAGAUGUUGGAACAUUACUGAGGGGACUUGCUUCCAUUCAGCCACAAGCAUUAGUGUGGUCGGGCACUGAUGUUGGGCGAUUAGGCCUGGCUCGCAGUUGGCGUUCCAAUUAAUCUCAAAGGUGUUCAAUGGGGUUGAGGUCAGGGCUCUGUGCAGACCAGUCAAGUUCUUCCGCACCGAUCUCGACAAACCAUUUCUGUAUGGACCUCGCUUUGUGCACGGGGGCAUUGUCGUGCUGAAACAGGAAAGGGCCUUCCCCAAACUGUUGCCACAAAGUUGGAAGCACAGAAUCAUCUAGAAUGUCACUGAAUGCUGUAGCGUUAAGAUUUCCCUUCACUCGAACUAAGGGGCCUAGCCCGAACCAUUAAAAACAGCCCCAGACCAUUAAACCGUUCCAUUUUGGAAAUUGCAUUCACGAAUGAAUGCGACUGUUUUUAGUCUUUGCUGUAAUAAAGGCUGGAGAAAAAAAAAUAACGUUACAACAGACUCUGGUACGCUUAUCAUUUAUUUAGUGUUGUUUUCAUUGUUCCAAAUGGUCAGGAAAAGUAUAUUGUAAUCUAACCGCACCUGUUUUUCUUGAUCUCCAUUUUUUCCACAACUAGUCAAAUGUAUUCCACACAUCUGACUUCCCCUUUACCUCCUGAGCAACCAUUAAAACAUUCCCCCGUUUCGAGUUUAUUUGUCACGUCCUCUGCAUCCAUUUUGCUGUCACGUGUUUAAAGUUUGUUAUAUCCAAUUUAUUGUUGUGAUUAUGAUAUGCUAUAGGUCAGGGCCUAUUGGUGAUGUGCAUGCAAUGCAUACAUUUGUCACGUAAAGAGAGCAAGGGUUGAGGGAAUAGGGAAUGUUUUUCCUAAACAAAAGAAGGAUUUUGGUAACAGAACUUUUCAGUCAGAAAUGGCUGUAGUUAUGUUUCAGUUUAAGCAUCACGGACAGCGUGAUAAACACUGUUGAUGUUCUGUGGUGGUCACUGCAGCAGGGAGGAGAGAGAGACAAUGGUUGCUAGUCACACAGUCACUCGCUGUCAUUUUUUUUAACAGCGCAGCAAGUCUGAGCCCGGCCCUGCACAAUCAAAUCAAUGUGUGUCUUUAAUUAUUUCAUCAAACGGUGGGCUUAAAGCAUCAGACAAGUUCAGUGCAUAUAGUUUAUUUGAUUAAAACACAUAGGAUGUGUCUAUAUAGGGAAAAAUACACGUUUAAACAUUUCGACCAGAUGACUCAAGGUCGACCAGCCCUAGUUCAAUGUGAAACCCCUGUCAUGUUCAGUGUCAUAUUGCUGUCAAAUAGUCAAGAGAUCUGCAAGUUUAGUUAUUAUCCAGCAGGUGGCAGUAUAUUAAGAAUGUUCAGCACAGCAUCAACAUGAAAGAAAGGCAUUAUUUGCACACAGAAAAAUUCUGGUUUAAGGGAAACUUGGUUGGCAGUACUUUUUAUGUAUUUUUUUUCUCUCUACCUCUGUGAACCAUCACCUUUGCUCUCUCAAAAAGCUUAGUAAUGAGGUUUGUUGCAAUCCUUUUAAACUCACACCUUUUUUGUCAUUUCAGACAACAGAAGAUGGCCGAGAGAGAAAAGCGUUCCAUGGAGCAGCAGAAGAAGAAGAUGGAGAAGGAGAUUCAGAGGAUGAUGAAGAAGGACCAGAAGAUUGCUGUCAAGCUCUCGUAACAUUUUUUUCGAGCACUCAUCCCGUGAGCUGGAGGGCAAAAAGAGAAACACUGAGACAAACGUCACACGCUAUUCUCUAGUCAUCACCACACGAAGAUCAUCUCUACUCCACACAAUGGUCAUUUUUUAAAAUCUCUGUCCACCAGCCAUCAUUCGAGGCAUGGCUUGGCCAGUGUGAUGUUUGCUCAAUGACUGUUGUAUUCAGCUGUCGGAAGGCACUUCAUACCUGGGAUGUGUUCAUUAGGGCAUGCAACGGAAAACGUAAAUGAGCAACUCCCUCCCUGUUUCAGUCCGUUUU